AUGGUAUCUUUCAAACACCUCGCCCUCUUCGCUCUGACGACUGGCUUCGCCACUGUCGAAGCCCAGUCUACAGGAAAGACAACCCGCUACUGGGACUGUUGCAAAGGCUCUUGUGGAUGGUCUGGUAAGGCAAACGUGAACCAGCCUAUCAGGACGUGUGACAAGAGCGACAAUCCCAUUGCCGACCUGGCUGCCAAGAACGGAUGCGAGAGCGGUGGCACAGCGUACAUGUGCACCGACCAAUCCCCAUGGGCCGUCAACGACAACCUCGCGUAUGGCUUUGCUGCCGUGAAGCUGGCCGGAAAGACUGAGAGGGACUGGUGCUGUGCUUGUUACGAGUUGACCUUUACAUCCGGCCCCGUGUCUGGCAAGAAGAUGGUUGUGCAGACCACCAACACGGGCGGCGACCUUGGGGACAACCACUUUGACCUUGCCAUGCCCGGUGGCGGUGUGGGCAUCUUCAACGGAUGCACGUCACAGUUUGGUGCACCAUCUAGCGGCUGGGGCCAACAAUACGGCGGCAUCUCGUCGCGUUCCGAGUGCGCAAACUUCCCCGAGAAGCUCAAGGCUGGGUGCUACUGGAGAUUUGACUGGUUCAAGAACGCAGACAACCCGAGCGUGAGCUUCAAGGAGGUUACCUGCCCCGGCGAACUGACAUCCAAGACUGGCUGCAUCCGGAAGUAG